AUGUUUUCGCCCGUCAUCGUUACAGCUAUAUUCUUAGCGGUUUUCCCCGCUUCAAUUCGUGGUCAUGGCAUGAUGAUGGACCCGGUAAAUCGUGCGAGUCGUUGGCGCAAAGGUUACGGAGGUCCAAGAGAAUACACCGACAACGAACUGUGGUGCGGUGGUAGAAACGUACAAUGGGGGAAACACAAGGGUAAGUGUGGUAUUUGUGGCGACGAAUAUGGGAUCGCGAACCCCAAGUUUCAAUAUCCUGGUCCAUUUGCAAAAAAUGCGCCGAUUGUGAGAAGCUACCAGGAAGGUCAACAAAUUCAGGUUAAAAUCAAAAUCACCGCAAAUCAUUUGGGUUCCUUCAAGUUUCGCGUCGCCCCAAUGACACAACAGCCGAUCACGCAAAGCGAUUUGAACAAGAUCUUGCUGAGAAUGCCUGAUGGAAAGUCGGAGUGGAAAUUGCCUCCUGGAAGCGGGGUCUACACUAUCACCCUGCAGCUGCCCAGGGGAUUGACAUGUGAACACUGCGUGAUGCAGUGGUGGUGGAGCACUGCCAAUAAUUGGGUAAAUGACAAACCAGAAUCCUUUGUGAAUUGUGCUGAUAUUGCGAUCCUUCCUCGUGGGGGAAAACCACGACCCACCGCAAAACCCAGGCCAACUCGCCCCCCAAAGCCCACCAGAAGACCGCGUCCCACGAUGCGACCUCGGCCUACACGGCCUACCAGACCUACCAGACCUGCAGGAAAGAAUUGCCAUGCUUUACCCAACGAUCCCCGACCUGCCAUGGACAACUGGUGUCGGUUAAAUUGUGCCCGUGGUUACUGCCCGGCAAGCCUUUGCAUAUGUGACUAGGUGUAGCUCAAACAUUAAUAAAUGUGAAUAAUGUUGAAAAAAAUCAUUAGUAAAUGUAUAAUGAAAUAGCAAAAAUUAUAUUAUCUCCUUCACUCGAA